AUGGAGGCUAUGGCCAUCGGUGUGGAUAGAGUUGAAGUGGAAGAAGUUGAAGUUGAUGUGGAUAAAUUUAAAGUAGGCUGUGUCGAAGUGGAAGAUGUUGAAGUAGAAGAUGUCGAAAUGAAAGAGGUCGAAACGGAAUAUAUCGAAAUGAGAGAUGUAGGAGUGGAGGAUAUCGAAGUGACAGAAUUUGAAGGAGUCGAUGUGGAAAUGGAAGAUGUCGAGAUUCUAGAAGCGGUGGAUGUAGGUACUGUCGACGGCCGCGAGCGGCCUGAUUCCUUGCACCAAUGA